AAGACUUUUAGUGCCCUAACGUUAUUCCAGUUCAAGACGCUCUCCGAGCCGUUCGUAUUUGUUUUAAAAUAAUCGUGUCCUAGAUAGUUCUUUUUUUUUUUUGAUAAUUAAAAGUGCAUUACAAGAUGAAAAUGUUUAUAUUGCAGUUAUACUUUAUAGUUGCUGCCGUACAAUGUAUACAAACGACAAAAGAAAAAGAUGCCAGACACAAACGUCAACGCGAGGGGUGGAAUUGGAGUUACGUUGAUUCACUGCAGACAUCGCCUAAUACAAAUGUUAAUCAACGACAAUUAUCAAAACUAACAGCUACAACUCUACCUCCUAAUCCUUGCCUUGAUCCACCACCUGUCCAACCAGACUUCACCGCUCCGGGCCGCAGAAUAAGUGUAACAAAAUGCUACGAAUAUAUUUGGCAGUUAAAAGAUGGAGUGGAUAAAAUUAAAAGAGAUAAAAUAUGUUAUGAUUAUCAAUCAAAAUAUUUGGGCAUACGAUUCGUCAUCAGUGGUCGGUUUACACAACACGGGGAAUUUCCUCAUAUGGGCGCUAUAGGCUGGAGGAGCGUCACCGAUACGUGGUUAUUCAACUGCGGGAGCACCCUCAUUAGCCCCAAGUUUGUACUAACCGCCGGUCACUGUACAAAAGCAUCCCCCAGAGAUUCCAGAAUUGCGGACGUAGUUCCAAAGAUCAUAAGAUUUGGUGUUAAGAAUCUUGUUAAUGACAAGAAUAUACCUACAGACCGAAAUAUAUCUAGAAUCAUACCACAUCCACAAUACAAGCCUCCGAAGCAAUAUUUUGAUAUAGCGUUAAUGGAAUUGGUGAAAGAAGUAACAUUUAGUAAAGAGAUACAACCAGCAUGUCUGUGGAGUAAAAACGAUGAUAGUUACGGAGCUGUGGCUACUGUCACUGGAUGGGGCGUAUUUAAAAACGGUAAUCGCAACACAUCGGAUGAAUUACAAGCCGGUGAUAUAUACAUCGUAGAUACCUUUGAUUGCGAUCUGUUCUUGAUGUCUUCAUCCAACAGGCACUGGGAUGGAAUAAAAAAUCAUCAACUCUGCGCUGGAAAAUUGGAAGGCGGUGUUGAUGCCUGUCAGGGUGACUCAGGAGGACCUCUGCAAGUAAAGAUUCCAUUCCCAGAGCAAUAUGAGACUAUUGAAGGUACCAUGCACUAUGUCGUCGGAAUCACAUCGUUCGGUGUCGGCUGCGCACUGCCAAACUUGCCCGGGGUCUACACUAGGGUAUCUAGUUUUAUUGACUGGAUCGAAAACAUUGUUUGGGUGAAUCAAUAAAUGGUGUAUUUUAAAAA